GCCAAUGAGCACGCUUGACCCUGAAGCAUCUGCUGGAGAUCACAGUGACGCGCACACGCAGGAGGCAUCACGUACACUGUGUCCCUGGUGCGCCAAACCUCCUAUUAUAUAACAAUCUACAAGAUGUCCAAGCCACUGACGGACCAAGAGAAGAGGAAGCAAAUUUCCGUGCGAGGUCUCGCCGGGGUUGAAAACGUCGCAGAACUCAAGACCAAUUUUAAUCGCCAUCUGCACUUCACUUUGGUUAAGGACCGUAAUGUUGCAACGAAGCGCGACUACUACUUCGCCCUGGCGCACACCGUUCGCGACCAUUUGGUGGGAAGAUGGAUCCGGACGCAGCAGCAUUAUUACGAGAAAGACCCUAAACGUGUGUACUAUCUCUCUCUGGAAUUCUACAUUGGACGGACUCUUCAAAACACCAUGGUAAACUUAGCUUUGGAGAAUGCCUGUGACGAGGCCAUCUAUCAGCUGGGUCUGGAUAUGGAGGAGCUGCAGGACAUGGAGGAGGAUGCUGGCCUGGGCAACGGAGGCCUUGGUCGACUGGCAGCUUGCUUCCUGGACUCCAUGGCAACCUUGGGCCUGGCAGCGUAUGGAUAUGGAAUCCGCUAUGAGUUUGGAAUCUUUAAUCAGAAAAUCGUGAAUGGCUGGCAGGCGGAGGAAGCGGAUGAUUGGCUGCGUUAUGGCAAUCCUUGGGAAAAAGCCCGGCCUGAAUACAUGCGCCCUGUGCAUUUCUAUGGUCGAGUGGAACACCACCCUGAUGGAGUGAAAUGGGUGGACACACAGGUCGUCCUUGCCCUUCCCUAUGACACACCUGUCCCAGGAUACAGAAACAACAUUGUUAACACUAUGAGGCUCUGGUCUGCCAAAGCUCCAUGUGAAUUCCACCUCAAAGACUUUAAUGUUGGUGGUUACAUCCAGGCCGUUCUGGACAAGAAUCUCGCUGAGAACAUCUCCCGUGUGCUUUACCCUAAUGACAAUUUCUUUGAGGGGAAAGAAACGCGUGUUCACACUUGGUAUUUUGUGGUGGCUGCGACUCUCCAGGACAUCAUCCGCAGGUUCAAAGCCUCCAAGUUUGGCUCAACUGAGGUGGUGCGCAUGGAUCUGACCACACUGCCAGAUAAGGUUGCUAUACAACUGAAUGACACUCAUCCUGCAAUGGCCAUCCCUGAACUGAUGAGAAUACUGAUGGAUGAUGAGAAACUGUCCUGGGACACGGCUUGGGACAUCACUGUGUGUACUUGCGCAUAUACUAACCACACUGUCUUACCAGAAGCUCUGGAACGCUGGCCUGUCGACCUGUUCCAAAACCUCCUGCCCCGUCACCUAGAGAUCAUCUACGAGAUUAACCGACGUCACCUGGAGCGGAUCUCUGCGCUCUACCCUGGUGAUCAUGAUCGUUUGAGACGCAUGUCUCUUGUUGAGGAGGACGGACAGAAGAAGAUCAACAUGGCCCAUCUCUGCAUCGUUGGCUCUCACGCAGUCAAUGGCGUGGCACAAAUCCACUCAGACAUUAUUAAGGACACUGUUUUUAAGGACUUCUAUGAUGUGGACCCACAGAAGUUUCAGAACAAGACCAAUGGUAUCACUCCUCGUCGCUGGCUUGUCAUGUGUAACCCAGGACUGGCUGAGGUUAUCGCUGAGAGAAUUGGAGAGGACUACAUCCGUGACCUGAGCCAGAUGAAGAACCUCUUAAAGUUUGUGGAUGAUGAUGCUUUCAUUCGAGACAUUGCCAAAGUCAAACAGGAGAGUAAGAUGAAAUUUGCGAUGCAUCUAGAAGAACAAUACAAGGUGAAGAUUAACCCACACUCCAUGUUUGAUGUUCAAGUGAAGAGGAUCCAUGAAUACAAAAGACAGCUGUUGAACUGUCUGCACAUCAUCACCCUCUACAACCGCAUCAAGAAGGAGCCCAACAAGGCCUGGACUCCUAGGACCAUUAUGAUUGGAGGAAAGGCCGCUCCUGGGUAUCACACAGCUAAGAUGAUCAUCAAACUUAUCACAGCAAUUGGAGAAGUGGUAAAUAAUGAUAGUGUGGUGGGAGUUCGUCUGAAAGUCAUCUUCCUUGAGAACUACAGGGUUACACUGGCUGAGAAAGUCAUCCCUGCAGCUGACCUGUCCGAGCAGAUCUCCACAGCAGGAACAGAAGCUUCUGGAACAGGCAACAUGAAGUUCAUGCUGAAUGGAGCUCUGACCAUCGGCACCAUGGAUGGGGCUAACGUGGAGAUGGCAGAAGAGGCGGGAGAAGAGAACCUCUUUAUCUUCGGCAUGAGAGUGAAGGAUGUGGAAGCUCUGGAUAAGAAAGGAUAUGAUGCCAUGGAGUAUUAUAACCGCAUUCCAGAACUAAAGCAAGUCAUGGAUCAGAUCUCUGGAGGAUUCUUCAGCCCUGGAGAACCUGAUCAGUUUAAAGACAUUGUUAAGAUGCUGAUGCACCAUGACAGGUUCAAGGUGUUUGCUGACUAUGAAGACUACAUUAAAUGUCAGGAGAAAGUCAGCGCCCUGUAUAAGAAUACUAAAGAAUGGACCAAGAUGGUCAUCCACAACAUUGCUGGUUGUGGCAAAUUCUCCAGCGACCGCACCAUCGCCCAGUACGCUCGUGAGAUCUGGGACAUGGAGCCUAGUCUGGAGAAGAUCGCAGCCCCAGACGACCCCCGCUAAGUCGUUCCACAGCAUCAAAAUCUUCCAUCUGUUGUAGCUGUUCUCACAUUCAGUUUAUCUACCAUUGUGACGAUGUAUAAAGGUGAUUUUAACAUUGACAUGUCAUAGAAGAUGUUUCUCCAUCCAGAAUACCUCACAACCCUGCUCCAGCGACGAGCUGUCAGCGCAUCUAGCUUUGUGGCAUGUUAAUAAUAUACAGUAUGUGUUGGUGUAAGAAUGUUAGUUUUUUUCUGUGAAAUAUUAUGAAAAGAUAUUAAAUAUUUGCCUAUCCAUGCCAGCAGAACAGCACAGCCUCAUCCUGGAGAACCGAACAUACACUGUGAGGGCAAAGUAUAGCAAAAACCUUUAUUUUGCCACAUAUCACAGCAUGAUCAUGACUGUUAAAGGAAACAAUUUCAGAAACCACCAAUUUUUCUUUUUUUGUGUGUUGUGGCAAAAUGUUUGAAUUUUGAAUCACUUAUACUCUAUUUUAGUUUUGACAAGCAGUUAUUAUGUGAACAGUUUGGGCUUUAAUGAGUUAAAAUGUGGCACAAUAUAAAAUACCUGCCUGUCACAUGUUCUGACUUCUUAAAACGACCUGCCUUAACCAUACAAGUGUUGUUUGUGCAUGUUUAGGUCUAAAUCUCUGCCUGUCUUUCAUUGGCCUCUUGAUGCUCAUGACUUGUUCUUUCACCCGCAGAGCUCCUCACUUUAGCACAUUAAGGCAUGAUCUGUCACUUUUGUCCUCAUGAAGUGUUGUAUUCUUUCCACAUAUACUGUUGUAACUCUGGACUGGUUUUCACACCACAUAAAAUAAGACCUGCAGGAAUGAUGGGGCCCUGCAGAAAACUUUGCUUGAAUCCAGUGAGGUAGCAAAACUAAUAUAGCACUGAAGUGUGAUUCUCUAUACCGACCAGGCUGCGUUCAAGACCCUGACAUGUAUUUACUCUGAUAUAUUGUGAUAGACUUAUAUAUUUAGAAUAGGAAAUGAAUGUAUGGUGCAGUGCUUUUGGAAUUGCAAA